AUGAUAUCAGCAAUUGCUGAAAAGAUUGGUCAGGAAUUUUGGUCUCAACUUUGUGCCGAACACGGGAUCAGUAAAGAUGGUAUUCUAGAAGAUUUUGCUACUGAAGGUGGUGAUCGUAAAGACGUAUUCUUUUAUCAGGCCGAUGAUGAGCAUUACAUUCCUAGAGCAUUAUUACUAGAUUUGGAGCCAAGAGUAAUUAAUAACAUAUUGGCAUCUCCAUAUUCAAAUCUAUAUAAUCCGGAAAACAUUUAUUUAUCAAAAGAUGGUGGUGGUGCAGGUAAUAUAUGGGCUUAUGGAUUUUCACAAGCAGAAAAGGUUUGCGAAGAUAUAUUUGAAAUGAUUGAUCGUGAAGCUGAUGGAAGUGAUUCUCUUGAGGGAUUUAUGCUUCUUCAUUCGAUCGCUGGAGGAACAGGAUCGGGGAUGGGAUCAUUCCUUUUAGAACGACUUAACGAUCGAUAUCCUAAAAAGUUGAUCCAAACAUAUUCAGUAUUCCCCAAUAAUGAAGAGGUUUCAGAUGUAGUUGUUCAACCUUAUAACAGCAUUUUAACUUUAAAGAGACUUACUAAUAAUGCAGACUGUGUGAUUGUUUUGGAUAAUGCAGCUCUUAAUAGAAUUGCAUGUGAUCGACUUCAUAUUCAAAAUCCCACCUUUACUCAAACAAAUCAAUUGGUAUCAACUGUAAUGUCAGCGAGCACAACAACAUUACGAUAUCCUGGAUAUAUGAACAAUGAUCUUGUCGGAAUGAUUGCAUCAUUAAUUCCAACACCUAAAUGUCAUUAUUUGAUGACAGCUUAUACACCUUUUACGAGCGAUAACGUAGAAAAGGCUAAAUCAGUGCGUAAGACCACAGUGCUUGAUGUGAUGAGAAGAUUAUUGCAACCCAAAAAUAGGAUGGUAUCAACAAAUUCGUCAAAGAAGAGUUGUUAUAUUUCAGUGUUGAAUAUUAUUCAAGGAGAAGCUGAUCCAACCGAUGUACAUAAAUCAUUAUUGCGGAUUCGUGAACGUCGUUUGGCUCAGUUCAUUCCAUGGGGUCCAGCCAGUAUUCAAGUUGCUAUUACAAAAAAAUCACCAUAUAUUCAAACAUCACAUCGAGUUAGUGGUUUGAUAUUCAGAAAACGUGGUGCAUUCUUGGAACAAUAUAAAAAAGAAGACAUGUUUUCGGACAAUUUAGAUGAAUUUGAUGCAGCUAGAGAAAGUGUGCAAGAUUUGAUAAAUGAGUAUGAAGCAUGCGAAAGUCCGGAAUAUAUUAGCUAUGGAGUUCCCAAAGACCAAUAA